UGGGGAGGCCAUCUACAAAUAAGGCAUCACCUUGCCCGCUCAAAAGGAGUGAGUGUUGGGCCCGAUUGUGCUUGUUUUCGAGCUCUGUAUUCUAAUGGCUAAGCCUCGCAAGCCGAAGAACGAAGAUCCCAAGCCCGAGAAUUCUGGUGCUGUAGUUCACCACCAAAAGCUCUGCCUCUCCAUCGACAUGGACAAGCGUCUUGUCUACGGGUACACUGAAUUGGAUGCCGUGCCCGAGAUUGGGAUUGUUGGCCUGCACGCGGAGAAUAUAGGCAUCGAAAAUGUCUUGGUUGAUGGCGAGCCGGCGGAGUUUGAGUAUUAUCCGCAUCAUCAGCAACAAGUGGAGAAUGAUAAGAGAUGGAGCUCUGCGUUUUCUCCUAGCUCGGCUGCAGAUGUUGGGGUCGGUUAUUUGUCUGCGCUAGAAAAGGAGCUGGUGCCAAAUUUGCUAAUCAAUUGCUGUAAACCUUUUAAGACUGAUAGUGAACAGCAGGAGCAGCCCGUUUCCGAAAACGGGUUUCAUUCUUCUGGAGAGGACAAGCAGAAUUUAAGGUUUGUUAGAAUUGAUUAUUGGAUAGACAAGGCGGAAACAGGGAUCCACUUCAAAGAUAGUGUUCUUCUUACUGAUAACCAGAUAAGGAGAGCAAGAUGUUGGUUUCCUUGCAUAGAUAACAAUUCACAGCAAUGUUGUUAUGAUCUGGAGUUCACAGUUGCUCACAAUCUUGUGGCUGUCAGUGCAGGAAGCUUGCUAUACCAGGUUUUAAGCAAGGAUAAUCCUCCUCGGAAGACAUAUGUCUAUAAAUUGGAUGUUCCUGUUGCUGCUAGGUGGAUAUCUCUGGUUGUUGCCCCAUUUCAAAUUCUUCCAGACAACCAAGUUGGUCAAGUAUCUCAUAUAUGUUUGUUACCUAAUCUUUCAAAGCUUCAGUAUACUGUGGAUUUUUUCCAUAGCAUAUUCAGUUGUUAUAAGGAUUACCUUUCUGGAGACUUCCCAUUUGACUCGUACAAGCAAGUUUUCAUAGAGCCAGAGAUGGCAGUUUCUUCAUUGAGUUUAGGAGCUUCUACUAGUAUAUUUAGUUCUCAAGUUUUGUUUGAUGAAAAAGUUAUUGAUCAGACUAUUGAUACAAGGAUAAAACUUGCAUAUGCCCUUGCAAGGCAGUGGUUUGGUGUGUAUAUAACCCCUGAGGCAGAAACUGAUGAGUGGCUCUUGGAAGGGCUUGCUGGUUUUUUGACAGACUUUUAUGUGAAGAAACACCUGGGAAAUAAUGAGGCUCGGUAUCGAAGAUACAAGGCAAAUUGUGCUGUUUGUAAAGCAGAUAACAGUGGAGUGACAGCUUUGAGCUGUUCAGCGUCUUGCAUGGAUUUAUAUGGAACCCAAUGCAUAGGUUUUUAUGGAAAAAUAAGAUCAUGGAAGUCUGUUGCUAUUCUUCAGAUGCUGGAAAAGCAAAUGGGUCCUGAAUCUUUUCGUAAAAUUUUGCAGACAAUAGUUUCUCGGGCUCAAGAUAAAACCCGUUCUGUGAAAACUCUUAGUACUAAGGAGUUUCGACAUUUUGCCAAUAAGGUGGGAAAUCUGGAACGUCCUUUUCUUAAAGAGUUCUUCCCUCGAUGGGUUGGUUCAUGUGGAUGCCCUGUCCUAAGGUUUGGGCUUUCCUAUAACAAAAGGAAGAAUAUGGUUGAAUUAGCAGUCUUGCGGGGUUGCACAGCAUUACAAAAUUCAAGGGCAUCAAUUCUUGAUGUUAAUCCAGAAACUGAAAAUCGAGAUGGAGAUGUUGGAUGGCCCGGGAUGAUGAGUAUUAGGGUCUAUGAACUUGAUGGCAUGUAUGACCAUCCAAUUCUACCAAUGGCUGGAGAAGCAUGGCAGCUAUUGGAAAUUCAAUGCCACUCAAAACUUGCUGCUAGGCGAUUCCAAAAGCCUAAGAAAGGUUCAAAACCUGAUGGAUCGGAUGAUAAUGGUGAUGCACCUGCCAUGGAUGUGCGCUCCAGUUCUGAAUCACCUUUAUUAUGGAUUAGAGCAGAUCCUGAAAUGGAGUACCUCGCUGAGAUUAACUUUAAUCAGCCAGUUCAGAUGUGGAUUAAUCAAUUAGAGAAGGACAAAGAUGUUAUUGCUCAGGCUCAAGCAAUUGCAACCAUUGAGGCAUUACCCCAGAUAUCUUUUGCUGUUGUAACUGCCUUAAACAAUUUUCUCACUGACUCCAAGGCUUUUUGGAGAGUUCGGAUUGAAGCUGCAUUUGCAUUGGCUAGUGCAGCAUCUGAGGAAACUGAUUGGGCUGGUCUACUCCAUUUGGUGAAAUUUUAUAAGAGUCGGAGGUUUGAUCCUGAUAUUGGACUCCCAAAGCCAAAUGACUUUCAUGAUUUUGCCGAGUACUUUGUUCUUGAGGCUAUCCCACAUGCCGUAGCUAUGGUCAGAACUGCUGACAGGAAAAGCCCAAGAGAGGCUGUGGACUUCGUUUUACAACUAUUGAAGUACAAUGACAACAAUGGAAACCCCUACUCAGAUGUCUUCUGGCUUGCUCAAUUGGUCCAGUCAGUUGGUGAACUUGAGUUCGGGCAGCAGAGUAUUCUCCUUUUAUCAUCACUCCUGAAGCACAUUGACCGGCUCUUACAAUUUGACAGACUCAUGCCAAGCUACAAUGGAGUCUUGACUAUCAGUUGUAUCAGAACCUUGACACAAAUUGCAUUGAAGCUUUCAGGAUUCAUUCCCCUUGAUCGUGUCUAUGAACUUAUAAAACCUUUUCGGGACUUAAAAGCAAUUUGGCAAGUUCGUAUUGAAGCAAGCAGAGCACUCCUUGAUCUUGAAUUCCAUUCCAAGGGAACUGAUGCAGUAUUACUAUUAUUUAUCAAAUAUGUGGAAGAGGAGCUUUCCCUAAGAGGGCAGGUAAAACUGGCCAUUCAUGUUAUGCGGUUAUGUCAGAUGAGAAUUGAUUCCAAUGAAGAAAUUUCAAGCCAAACAUUUGUGGCUUUGCUUUGUUUGCUUGAAGGUCGUGUAUCAUUCAAUAAUGUGCUUCUCCGUCACCAUUUGUUCUGCAUAUUACAAAUACUUGCGGGAAGACCACCAACUCUACAUGGAGUACCCAGAGAAAAUAAAACGUUGCAAAUGAGUCUUGUGGAAAAUUGCAGCGAUGAGAGAAACAUAAUUGUUCUUGAGCCAGAAAGUAAACCUCCUGAACUGCCUUGCUCUACCCAAAACCUAACAGAAGAUUGGGGCAUGGGAGACGCUUUCAAGGACAUACUUGAAGAGGCUCCUGGGAAUACAGCCCCUGAACCUCCAAAAGAUGUGCAUGUCAAAACUCCAAAGGAAUCACCCAUUGAGGCUCCGAAAGAAGAGCAUCCAGAACUGCUGCAGGAAGCGCCAACUGAAGCUCCCAAUGAAGUUCCUAAGGAAGUUGAUGUUGCCUCAAUUGGCCAAGAGCGGAAAAAGCCAGUUGUUAAAAUCAGGGUCAAACAAUCUUCUGCCGCCAGUAGGGCUGAUACAGAUAAUCAAAUGGUUGAACGAUCAUUAGGUGGCCGAAAUGAAAUUGAUCGUGCAGUUAGCAGUUCAGUUUCUGUAGAUGCACCCCCAAGGAAUUUUGGAGAGACUCCGAGUAAUCACAAUGUUGAGGAAGUUAAUUCUUGGCACGAUCAUGGUUCACGCUUGACUGCCAGCAUUGGUAGUGCCAAAUUCUUGAGUGAUGGUGAUGAACUGGUCAAAGAACUCCAAUGUACUGCUGACUCAAGUGUUGUUUUUUCACCUCGGCAUUUGGAUCCCUCAUCAUCUAGCAUUAUCCAGGACAACAAUAUUGAUGCUGAUGCUCGGCGAUUUGUCAGCCUCCGAACUCUCUCAGUUGGGAGACCUGAUUUUCAUGCAGACUCAUUGGCUGGAAAUGUUUCUUUGCAUGGGAAAGAAAAGAAGAAAGGCAAAGAAAAAAGACGGAAGCGAGAAGAACAUAAAGGGCACAAUGAUGAUCCAGAAUAUUUGGAAAGAAAACGAUUGAAGAAAGAGAAAAAGCGCAAGGAAAAAGAGAUGGCAAAACUGCUGGGUCAUGAAGCGAACAAAUCUUUGGUUGAAUUUUCUAGUAAGAAAGAACCACCUGAGACUGAAUUUGCUACACAAGAACUGAAAGCGAUUGAACCUAGUGUAUCUAAAGCAGAAGUCAGAAGGGUUGAUACAAAGCCGGAAGCAUCAGAAGGUACUUCUGCUGCACCAAAAUUUCGAAUCAAAAUUAAAAAUCGAGUUCUUAGUAAGUCGUAGAAAAUUCAAAUUGCCUAUGUAUUCAAUAGGAAAUAUUAGAAUGAAAGUCAAAAGUUCCCUUAUAUUUUUUGGGUUAUAAUUAUUGUCACAUCCGGCGUGGUAGGUGAAGAGACAACACGGAUACAGGUACUAAUUGUUGAUUCUAUGAGCUUUACUUGUUGAUUGUCCUUUCACCUAGUUGUAUUAUGUAGAUAUAAUAUGAUUGCAAAACAUCAUCAUAGUAUUCAAACUUCAAUCAAUGGAUAGGAUCUUGUUUUUCCAGUGUA